AUGUCUUACAACGGCUACGAAAACUUCCCUCAGCAGGACCCCGCCGCCGCUGGCGCCCCGGCUCCCGUUGAUACCACCAUGACCGGCCAGGCCGACCCCUCCGCCGCUCAGUUCCAGGGCCCCCCUCCUGGUGACGCCAACUCCGCUCCCGUCCCCCAGCAGGGUGCCGAUGGCAAGACCACCCUCUGGAUGGGUGAGCUCGAGCCCUGGAUCGACGAGAACUUCAUCCGCAACCUCUGGUUCCAGAUGGGUGAGCAGGUCAACGUCAAGAUGAUCCGUGACAAGUUCUCUGGGAGCAAUGCUGGAUACUGCUUCGUCGAUUUCGCUUCGCCUGCCGCCGCUGCCAAGGCCCUUUCUCUGAACGGUACCCCCAUGCCCAACACCAACCGGGUCUUCAAGCUCAACUGGGCUACCGGUGGCGGCCUUGCCGAUCGCAGCCGUGAUGACCGUGGCCCCGAGUACUCCAUCUUCGUCGGUGACCUCGGCCCUGAGGUUAACGAAUACGUCCUCGUCUCCCUCUUCCAGAGCCGCUUCCCCUCUUGCAAGUCUGCUAAGAUCAUGACCGACCCCAUCAGCGGCAUGUCCCGCGGCUACGGCUUCGUUCGCUUCUCCGACGAGAACGACCAGCAGCGUGCUCUCACCGAGAUGCAGGGUGUCUACUGUGGCAACCGCCCCAUGCGUAUCUCCACCGCUACCCCCAAGAACAAGGGUCCCGGUGUUGGUGGCAACGGUGCUGCUGCCAUGGGUAUGCCCGGUCCCGCUGGCAUGUACCCUCCCAUGGGUGGCCCUCCUAUGCCUUUCUACGGUGCUCCCCAGCCCAUGAACCAGUUCACCGACCCCAACAACACCACUGUUUUCGUCGGUGGUCUGUCCGGCUACGUUACCGAGGAUGAGCUCCGCUCUUUCUUCCAGGGCUUCGGAGAAAUCACCUACGUUAAGAUUCCCCCUGGAAAGGGCUGUGGUUUCGUCCAAUUCGUGCAGCGCCACGCCGCCGAGAUGGCCAUCAACCAGAUGCAGGGCUACCCCAUCGGUAACUCCCGCGUGCGCCUGAGCUGGGGCCGCUCCCAGAACAACUCCGGCCCCGCCGGCAGCCCCUACCGCCCUGCUCCCCCGCCGCCUCCCAUGUACCCCUCCAUGGGCAUGCCCCCGGCCCACCAGUAUGGCGGGUUUGCCCCCAUGAAGGUGAGCGAUCACCCUGGCAGCCCGAUCCCGGAUCAAAUGUGAAGCAGGCGGUCGGCUGACACACUCUUCCAGUAAGCGUUUCCCUUUGAUUGAAAGCACCAGCAGGAGUUAUUUGUGUCAUUCCAAUGAUGAUUCUAUUGUGUAACAAAUUCGUUCCCUGGUUUCUUGGCCAAGGCUAUAGCUCUUGAUGAGCAUUUGUCUCCUGUGCUACGCAUUUCCUUUUUACGUGAGCGCUAUUACCUUAGCAAGAUCUGAGCUUUAUCCCCUUUCUGAUCUGUCUUGUUCUUAUGUAUCUUUCCUUUUGAUUUCCCCCGUUUUUUCCCCCAC